CGCCUUCCGCCGGGGGCUGCAGCCGGCUCUCCCGGAGCCGGCGAGCGGCGCGAUCGCCCAAACUCCUGGGAGGGGGAGACACCACCCGCCGUCGCCUCCUCUUCCUUCUCCUCCUCCUCCUCCUCCUCCUCCCCUCCCCGCCGCAAACCCCAAAUAAAAGGGGCGGGGGGCGGCGGGAUGCGCCGCUCGGAGGGGAGGUCGGCGCCGCCGCCGGCCGCCUGAUGCUGCCGCAAUUCGCCAUUGCCGGGCACGGCUCGGAGCCGAGCGCAGGCAGGCGGGGGGCAGAGCCGGGGCUCCCGGGGGCACCGCAGCUGCAGCCCCCCCUGCCCGGCCGCCCCCGCACCUCCCCCAUGCCCGGCCGCCGCCGGAGGGGGGCCCCGGGGGCCCGCUCCUGUCUCCUCUGGCUCUUUGUGUUGCUGAAGAGUGCAGAGCCUUUCCAAGUUGCUGUCAGAGAGGACAAUUGUAUCAUUGUGUCCCUGGAGGCAUCAGACGUGGUGAGCUCAUCCUCUGUGUAUGUUGUGAAGAUAGCUGGAGAAUCCAAGAACUACUUUUUCCAGUUCGAUGAAUUCAAUAGCACUUUACCUGCCCCUGUGGUUUUUAAUGCCAAAUACCAUGGCCUGUAUUACAUAGUGACUCUCUUGGUGGUCAACUCAAAUAUGGUUUCCAAGUCAGCGAGAUCAAUCACUGUGCUAACCAAACCACUUCCUGUGAGCAAUGUUUCUAUCUAUGAUUACAAGCCAUCUCCAGAAACAGGAGUACUGUUUGAAAUUCAGUACCCAGAGAAGUACAAUGUUUUUACCAGGGUCAAUAUAAGCUAUUGGGAAGGAAAAGACUACAGAACAAUGCUCUACAAAGAUUUCUUCAAAGGUAAAACAGUUUUCAAUCACUGGCUGCCAGGCAUAUGCUACAGUAACAUCACCUUUCAGUUGGUAUCAGAAGCAACCUUCAACAAGAGCACACUGGUGGAAUACAGUGGGGUCCAACACGAGCCCAAGCAGCACAGAACAGUUCCUUACCCACCCCGAAACAUUUCUGUCCAGAUCGUACCGAUCAACAGGAACAACUGGGAAGAGCACAGCGGGAAUUUCGCCGAAGAAUCCUUCAUCGGACCUCAGGAAAUUAUGAGGAAAGAGAAAUCCAGCCAUCCUUCAGAGACCCCAACUGAAAGCCCAGCAGCAAACUCCUCUGCAGGCUGGCUGGAUGAGCACUCCAACAGCACCGAGGAUGGAACCAGCUCGCAGCCGUCCUGGUGGUCCAGCGAGGCCGAGUCCUCCGAGGGGGAGGAGGAGUUUGUCCGUGCAGGUUCCAGGGAUUAUGAAGCCACUGAUGCCAGCACGGGGUCUGGCAGACCCACAGCAGAGCCCCCUCCCUUCCUUCCUGUGCAGAUGGUGCUGACCUGGUUGCCCCCAAAGCCCCCUACAGCCUUUGAUGGUUUCCACAUCAAUAUUGAAAGGGAAGAGAACUCCACAGAAUUUUUGACAGUGAGUGAGGACACUCACAAAUUUGUUGCUGAACUGAAAGAACCAGGAAAAUACAAGUUGUCUGUAACAACAUUCAGCUCCUCUGGCUCUUGUGAAGUUCGGGGAAGUCAAUCAGCAAAAACACUCAGCUUUUACAUCAGCCCCACAGGAGAGUGGAUAGAGGAGCUCACUGAGAAGCCCCAGCAUGUGACAGUGACAGUGCUGAGCUCCACGACUGCCCUGACCUCCUGGACAGCGUCACACGAGAGCAGUGGCAACAGCACCAUCGUGUCUGUGCUCUCCCUCACCUGCCAGAAGCAAAAGGAAAGCCAAAGGCUGGAAAAACACUACUGCACUGAGGUGAAUUCAAGCAGCAGCCUCAUUGAAAAUCUUGUUCCUGGUGCCCAGUACCAAGUCGUGGUUUACCUACGGAAAGGACCUUUGGUUGGACCUCCCUCUGAUCCUGUCACAUUUUCCAUUGUGCCCACUGGAAUAAAGGAUCUGACACUUUACCCUUUGGGACCUACUGCUGUGGUUCUGAGCUGGAACAGACCUCUCCUGGGGGUGUUCAGGAAAUACGUGGUAGAAAUGUUUUACUUCAACCCAUCGACCAUGACCUCGGAGUGGACAACCUACUAUGAAAUAGCAGCAACUGUCUCCUUGACUGCCUCAGUGAGAAUUGCCAACCUGCUGCCAGCUUGGUAUUACAAUUUCCGUGUCACCAUGGUCACCUGGGGGGACCCAGAGCUGAGCUGCUGUGACAGCUCCACCAUCAGCUUCAUAACAGCACCUGUGGCACCCAAAAUUACAUCUGUAGAGUAUUACAACCACCUUCUGUAUGUCACCUGGACCUAUGGAGGAGAUGGCCCUGACCUUUCUCAUUCCAGGAUGCUGCACUGGAUGGUUGUUGCAGAAGGAAAGAAAAAAAUCAAGAAGAGUGUAACGCGCAAUGUGAUGACUGCAGUGCUGAGCUUACCUCCAGGGGACAUCUACAACCUCUCAGUGACUGCUUGUACUGAAAGAGGCAGCAAUACUUCCAUGCCCCAACUUGUGAAAUUGGAACCAGCCCCUCCAAAAUCACUGUUUGCUGUCAACAAGACUCAGACCUCUGUGACUCUGCUGUGGGUGGAAGAAGGAGUAGCUGAUUUCUUUGAAGUUUACUGCCAGCAGGCUGGAUCUGGCCAGGAAACAAAAGCCCAGGAACCUGUCACUGUCUCCUCACACGUUGUGACCAUUUCCAGCCUGACCCCUGCCACCUCCUACAAUUGCAGCGUGACCACCUUCAGCCACAACAGCCCCAGCAUCCCCACCUUCAUUGCAGUUUCCACCAUGGUCACUGAGAUGAACCCCAAUGUUGUGGUAAUCUCCGUGUUGGCCAUCCUCAGCAUCCUCCUGAUUGGGCUGCUGCUGGUCACUCUUGUUGUCCUCAGGAGAAAACACCUACAAAUGGCCAGGGAGUGUGGGGCUGGGACCUUUGUGAAUUUUGCAUCUUUGGAGAGAGAUGGAAAGCUCCCCUAUAACUGGCGUAGAAGUGUAUUUGCUUUCCUAACUCUGCUACCCUCAUGCCUUUGGACUGAUUAUCUUUUGGCAUUUUAUGUUAAUCCUUGGAGUAAAAAUGGAUUAAAGAAGAGAAAGCUGACCAACCCAGUCCAGCUGGACGAUUUUGAUGGAUACAUCAAGGAUAUGGCCAAAGACUCAGAUUAUAAAUUUUCUCUGCAAUUUGAGGAGCUAAAGCUGAUUGGGCUGGACAUCCCGCACUUUGCUGCUGAUCUGCCCAUGAAUCGCUGCAAGAAUCGCUACACAAAUAUCCUGCCAUAUGAUUUCAGUCGUGUCCGCUUAGUCUCAAUGAAUGAAGAGGAGGGCUCUGACUACAUCAAUGCCAACUACAUCCCUGGUUAUAAUUCACCCCAGGAAUACAUUGCAACCCAAGGACCACUACCAGAAACUAGGAAUGAUUUUUGGAAGAUGGUUCUCCAGCAAAAAUCACAAAUUAUUGUUAUGCUCACUCAGUGCAAUGAGAAAAGACGGGUGAAAUGUGACCACUACUGGCCUUUCACAGAAGAUCCUGUUGCUUAUGGGGAUAUCACAGUGGAGAUGCUGAGUGAGGAGGAGCACACGGACUGGGUGUACCGCAGCUUCCGAAUCAGCUACGCUGAUGAGGUGCAGGACGUGAUGCAUUUUAACUUCACUGCCUGGCCAGACCACGGCGUGCCCACCACCAACGCUGCCGAGAGCAUCCUGCAGUUUGUACAGAUGGUCAGGCAGAAAUCAGCCAAGACUAAAGGCCCCAUGGUCAUACACUGCAGCGCUGGCGUGGGGCGGACGGGAACGUUCAUCGCCCUGGACCGGCUCCUGCAGCACAUCCGUGACCACGAGUUCGUGGAUAUUUUGGGCCUGGUGUCGGACAUGAGGUCCUACAGAAUGUCCAUGGUGCAGACAGAGGAGCAGUACAUUUUUAUCCACCAGUGUGUGCAGCUGAUGUGGCAGAAGAAGAAGCAGCAGUUCUGCAUCAGUGAUGUCAUAUAUGAGAACGUCAGCAAGUCCUAGUUCAGAGUCACAGGUGGUGAGACCAUGAAGCACACCCAUCUUCCCUUGCUUCUGAUUUAUUUUCUGUUGAUGGUUUGAAGGGGCAGGUGCUGUGCCACAAGAGACCACUGCUCUGCAGUGCAUGGACAAUGAGGGAAAGAAACUUUUACCUUUCUGAAGCACUGGGGAGACAAAGCCUUAACGAGCCUGCGGUGUCUUUUGAACUGUUUAAUUUCUGGACAUUUUUUUAAAUACUGGACCAAAUUCAGCUAAACAACAUGAAGGAAAAGACACUAUAUGUGCAUAAGACAGAUUGCUCCAGAGUGUUGGGGUUUUGUUUGGUACUUUUGGUUAAUUUCUUUCAUAAUUAAUUUUUUUUUCUGUGCAGGUUGGGCUUAAGGUUAAAGUAAGUGCAAUAUUUUUUUAAUGGUUGACUGGAGAGCUUUCUUCAUGUGUCACUGGUCUGUCCCUAGGAGAGCAGGCAUUGUUAGUAUCUAAUAAUACCUCAUUAGUGAAUAGCGAGGCAUGAACAUACAUGAAGAAACCUGGAGAUUGUGAAGGGGGGCUGGGAGGGCGGGGGGGGGUUGCUGGGUCCAUGGAUUUGAUGGAUUUGACUGUUCCCUUGCAGCACUGAUGGAUGUGGGGCCGGGGGGAGUACGAGGAACAGACUGACGAGCAGAAAUCCGAGCUGUGAAGCUGAAACAGGCAGCUGAGAGAAGGGAUGGAGUUGGUUCUUGACUGGGCUGCCACUCGUUAAGCAGAGGGAUUGCUCUUUUUGCCAACCUUUUUGCAGUAAUGCCACUGAUCAGGCUCUUCUUUUAGAUGGAUCUAAUCACAGGGCAGCUGAGUUUCCAGCUGGGAUAUCUUAGCAUAUAUAGCAUUUAACUGUCUGAGCAGUCUAUGGUGCCUAUACCCCUCACUCAUGUAUUAUUUUUAGUAAUUAUUAACCCUGUGUAAAAACAUGGAGCUGGUUCAGGUUGGAGGGGUGGAAACAGAAAAAAAAAAGCCCACAAAAAGUGCUUUAAUAGAUUUAACUAUUCUUCCUGAACCAGGAAUUUACAAUGUUACAAACACAAGGUUUUGGCAUGUGAAGGGCUGGUUUUCAAUUUGUUACUACAAGGCUGCCAAAGUGUCAGUAUGGAUUCCUGCAGGGCCUUUGGGGGCAGGGUGGGGGGCUCUUUUCUUUUUCGCUGUCCAUUUCUGUUCUAGUCAAAAUAAUUAGCUAUAUAUAUUAUUUUUUUUUCUGGUCUUUGUAUAAUGCCGGUACAUCAUUGUGUAUUGUGACAUGGAUGCUGUCAGAAUGGAUGUUUGAUGGCAUUUUUUGUAACCUGUUGCUUUGUGUCACCUCAUUGGAAGUUAGCAGCAAUGGUACUCGAUGUAAACAAAGCAGACUUGAGCUGGAAGUAAACACACUGGAUUGCUUACCUGUGGAGAAGUCACUGUCACCAAAACAGCAAAAUACACCUGCACAUGCUUUUUAUUUCAUUUACCCUGGCUCUGCUAUCACCUGGCAGGGCACCAGGGUGUAGGGCAGCAGCUCAGCUGCCCUCAGCAGCUUGAUAAACUCCUACAGCUGAUUUUCUUUUUCCUUCCUUUCUUCUGGCAGGUAAAUAGGUGCAUACUUACUUGAUAACUACUUCAUUGUGGUAUUGGUUAUAGCAGAAAACUUAUUUAAAACUGUGUAUUAUGCAAAACUGCAUAGACUUAACAUAAUUCCCAGAUAAAGCAGGUCCUUGUGAGGGGUACUAAGCAAACAGGAAAUAACAGCUGGUUACUAAAUGGGUGUGAUGUGCAUUUCCCUUCCCUUCUGUUUCCAGGCACCGCAUGCUGCUUCCACUGCUCCCACUGAUCCCAGUCCUAGAGCAGGGAUGCUGUUUCUCCAAGCACAAGGUGGAUGCAGAAGGGAAGAGCCCCUUGUUUCAGGGAGCCAGCUGGUAACAAGAAAGGCUCCAAUGGUGCACAUUUCUCCCUCAUUUCACUGUGUGCCUCAGCUGGAGGGCCUACCAUUCCAGUAGGAACAGCAAAGAGCCUAAACUGAACAGAAAACAGAAUUAUAAAUGAGCACUUGACCAUUUAGACCUUGCCUCCAUGCUUUAAAAAAAAUGCAUUUCAGAUUUUCAUUACAUGCUUACUCAGAAAAUGUGUUUUUUAUCCCUCUAGACAACUGGCUGAGGGGAAAAAAAAACAACCCACAAAUUCUUUCCCAUCUACUGUCUCCUCCCUCCUGCUGGCCAUUGCCCAUUGAACCAAUACUUGUUCUGUAUCACAGAGCAGGGUAAGCAGGUUACUGCUAAGUCAUUCCCUGUGCUCAGAGUGUCACAGUGUGAGCUGGCUGUAACAGAAGCUUGGCUGAACGUGGCAGGGUCCAAAAUUGCUGCAAAGAUGCCAAAAUCACACUGCUGCAAAGGACACUGGGCAGCCUGAAUUUACUAGACAGUUUUGAAUGCAUGUCAGAAAUUUCUCCAUUUGCUCAGCAGCAGGUGUGUAUUUUUCCUUUAAUAGCUACUUAAUCACAAAGUCAAUUACAAUGGAAACUCCAUCAGAAUAAUACCUUUUCCUACCCCACACAGCUGUGUCAGUGGACACGUGUGAUGGCAAUGGAAACCACCUCUCCCAGCAUGCAGGGCAUGAGUAAAGCAAUAAAUGAGCCUGGAAGACACUGUGGCUCAGAAGACUCAUGCAGAGCCUUUUAGUCUGAAUUGACACAUCACAAUUUUGGCUUUGCCUCAUCACACACCUUCAGUGUAAGUCCAAAAGAACAAUGCUUUGCACUCAUGCUUCGUGUUAAUAUUGUUUCCAGCAUCUGCUAAAGUAAAACCCUCCAGUCAUCACAGCUGUAAAGCUGUCUGAAGCUCCAGGUUUGGUAAUAGAUAUUUGGAAUUAUGGGCUUCAUGUCCAAAGCUCUGCUGACACUAUUGAUGCUCAUUAUUGAUCUGCUGCUCUUCCAGAUGUCUGUAAAAGCAGCUCUGUGAUGUAAGUGACCAUUAUCUGAAACCAGGGCAGGUUUUCUCUUUGUCUCAUGCUGUGUGUGCUGCCAUGGAAGCAAAAAAUAGGUAAAAUUAAGUAGUUAAAAGUGGUAAGAAGAGUCUGUGGAAGUGGGGCCUCUCCAAGCAUAUCCUGUGCAGUGAGCUCUGGGUCUUCAGAACUGUUUUCUUCAAACCUCACCAAAAGAUGAAGAACAGGCCAGGAACCCUUACUUGUGCUUUAUUUCAGUUUAAUGUUUUGGGGUUUUUUUUCCCCUACACCAGGAUGAAUUUCCCCUGUCAAAUAAUCAACAUCUUAUCCCUAAAAUGCCCCUUCCCUCCCUCCUCCUUUAACCACAGUCACACCACCUGCUUCUCACUGCUAAUUUUUAAGGUUUUUUUUUUCAAAACUGCAAUUUCAUUGAGGCAGGCAAAAGCUGUUAUUUCAGCCAUUUCUUGUGAGAGAAUAAUGUUGUUAGUGCUCUUGGCAUGGAUGGGAGCAGGGUGGGUUGAGCUUUGCUGCUGCUGUGACAGGCACCAGUGGGUACUGGGAAUCCUUUAGAAAGACUCCCUAUUUUCACUCAUCUCCUCUUUUAAUCUGCAAAUAUUACCAAGGAGUAGAAGCACAGACUCAUAUCCUGAUUCUCAUUUUGGUCUGAAAACUUAGGAAAUAGUUAGAGGCCAAAGUUACAACCUAAGCAACUCAGAAACUGAAAAAAAGAUAAAGCCAAGCCAAAGGCACUUAUUAGCAAUAAGCUGACAUAGCUGCAGUAGAAAUUUAAAGUCUGUGAAAUAUUUAAACACAGAAUCAACGCAGAUUCCCUCUCGUUUGCACUUCUCAUUUAUAAUGUUGGUGCUUUUAUGUAGAGGUGGGAGAUUGAUCUCCAAAUCAUUCCCUCAAACACUUUUGAUGCAUCAGAACCUUAAACAGGGAUGGUUUAGACACCAGACUCAACAUAGUAGAAAAACUGGGCUCCUAUGAAAGGGUAAUUUGGCCAGAAAGUUGAGUUCCCAUUCAUGAUUGUGUAUCUUUUAUGCUAGAAAUACAGGAAAAUCAGUGGUCAUACCUGCUUGAACAAGAUCUGGUAUUCAAGCUAUGGCUUGCUUCUGUCUAUGACCCAAAAACUCAAAAUGCCUUCACUCCCACAUUAAAAUAAAAGUUCUGUGACUUACAUGUUUCAUAAUUAGAAAGAAUUUACAUCUUACAGAUAUUCAUGGAUUCUCUGGUUUGUUCCCUUAAAUUAUCAAAAUUCUGAAGUUCACAAACACUGAUGAACACACUGAGAGCUCCGCACAUUUCAGGCUAUCAUUAUAAUUUUGGAUAUGAUAGCUCUACUGCUUCAUAAACCAUUUAUUUCUGCACACACCAGUCAUGGAUAUAUGCACUUAUUUUCCAGCCCCACUUAAAACACAAACCUAACUAACAAUAAACAGCAGUUUUUAUACAGAUCAAUGCUUUGGAGCAAUGGAAGUUUGUAUAAAAUCCCACAUAUCACAGUUUGUUUGAGCAAAGCCCUGUUUAAUAUUUGAAUUUCUAGAUGGUAAGUAAGGUGCUCCACCCAUAAAUAUUGGCUAGAAGUGUUCUUUCUGAAUUAAUUCUGUGUGGUUUCACAGUGGUUUGCUCUCCCCAUGGUGUCCCAAGGGAACAAGCAGCCUACAGAAGUGGGAAGAAGUGCCUUGCUGAUGUUAAAAGGUUUGUGCUUUGAAAGCACAGAACUGCUGAGUGAACACUGGCUGCUAAAACUCCCUCCCUCCUCCCAGUUAAAGAGGCAGAUUGAUGGCAGAAAAAUAGUAAAUUACUCCCACUUAUCAAAUGUCUAAUAAGACACUGAUUUUGGCAUUUAAAAAACAGCUUUCUUUCCUUCUCAAAGACAUAUCACAUCCUUCUAAAAUAUUAGUAUUGAAAAAAUACUGCUCAAAUCCUAGAGAAAACAUUUUGAAUGAAACACUGCAUUUUACUACUAAGUUUCAUUUUAACCAUGGAAUAUUUUGAGGAAAACAUUUCAUUUUCAUUUGAGGAACCCCAAAUGAGAUCUCCUUCUGAUUUCUUAUGACUGCCAACAAAAUGAAAAGUCAAAAACUGCACAGCAGCAUAAGGGUGAAGCUCCCUGCAGUGCUUUAAACCACCAAGGAAAUUCCAGCAAAUGGGGAAGUAUUUGCCUCAACACCAUUCAAGAUUUCCCAGACUGUAACACAGAAAUCAUAGUGGUUAGUUCAGCAAAGUUUAAAGGGUAAAUACAGCUCAAGGUUGUUAAUUUAUUAGUAGUUUAAAAACUGUGGAAAAAAAAAGACACAAACCAACCCACCAACCCCAAGAUGGUUCUGCUUAUUCAGUGUGUGGAAGGGGUUUCCUCUUUCCCCCCAAAUUAUCUCCCAAGGUUCCUCUGAGCACACUGACCACGUUCAGACUUGUCUGGCACUUUUCUCUCAUAGGUGAAAUAUGAGUUCUCCCCUUUGACACCUCAGAGUGCCAAACAUCACAAAUUCUGGGAUGUCCCGGAGCUGGUGCCUCUUUCUGGGCAAAAGCAAACCAUGUGCUGAAUGCUGAAAUAAAAGCCAGCAGAGAACAUCAAUAUUGACUUCUUAUUUUGGUAAUUAUCAGGGGAGUGGGAGUGGAUUAUCAGGGGAGGUGCAGGUUACCUCCAGAGUGCUUUUUAUAGAGUCAGACAUCCUCCCAUGAGAAAAGGCAGGGACUGUUAAGUUUUAAAUAAGAGUUUCAAACACCUUUUAAAAAGGUUCCUCCUGCUGCACUUACUUACAAUUAAUGGGAUUUAUCACUUCUUGACCCAUUUCUGAAUAAGACCAUGUGUAUGUAGACAGGCAUAAAGAAUAUAUAUCAAAUAUAAAAACAUACGUGGACACACAACCAACCACACAGAAGUAGUAUUUGCAAGGACAUUACAAUAAAUGGCACUAACACCUUUAUUAAGAUUUUAAUUUUUCAUUUGUGAAAAAAUGAAUAGAUUUUUUUUUCCCUUGUAUGCAGAAGAAAAGCAAACUAAUGGCAAAAAUCAAGAUUACUUUCUUAUUUCAAUACUGUCUUUGUAGCCACAAAGAUACAAUAAUUUAACAGACAAGAAAUACUGUUUAUUGCAGACUUUAAGCUGAUUCAUGUGAAAAAGGCACUAUGAAACUUAAUCAAACUAGAUGAUUAAAUUUGUCUAAAUUAAGUGAUAUUAUAUAUUAUAUAUAAUACAUAUAUUAUAUAUAAAAUCACAUGACCAUAUGAAACAGAACAUUAUGUGACAAAAAUCAUUGCAUCUCCAAAAAUAACAUUUUCUGUAAGGGAUGUUUCUCUUUUCUUUUUUCCCCUGUUUUACCUUCAGGAAUCCACUUUUCCAAAAGAUUACAUUUAUAAAGGCAAUUAAAAAGGCUUUUUGCAUGAGAAAAAACUGAUAUCUGGGAUCAACACACAGAGAAGUCUAGAUUAUACACUGUUCUUUUUGAUGGGUUAAGUUACAGACAAAAAAAAAUGCAAUUAUGUUUUAAAGAAAAAUAUACUGUGAGUUGUUGCAUGGCUACAGCAGAUCUCAUCACCUCUUUGAGCUGGGUUGUGUUACUAUUUUCUAGUUACUCUUUCUUGUGCAAUAUUAUAGUUCAUCACAGGUGAAAUACGCAUAAAAUCAAUGUACAGAAUAUUAUUUUGCUAUAAACAGCAUCAUUAGUAAUAAAACAUCUUGGGAGUGAUGCAGGAAAGAUUCAGUCUGUGUUGGGCUGCUGUUCAUUCCCUAAACAUUUCCUCCACAUUUGCUGGAGUCGACAACUUAAGUAAACAUCCUGCAGCCAAAUGCCUGACAAGAAAGACUGAGCCAAAAAGGACAUAAUUGCACACUACAGCAAGAGAUGGGAUUCAGAAUCUUAUUAUUACUGAAGGGUUCAAGUGCUUUUUUAUUGCUGGCUCAGCUUCCCUCAGAUGAAUCACCAACAAAGACGUGCUCCAAUUUAUCUGUCAUGUUAAUUCCAUAAAGCCAAGACUCAUCUCUGGGUGUAAAUUAAUCAUGUACCAAUAUUUUCACCUGUCAGGAAUCUCCACUGUGUUUCUCAUCUGUUCAUUUCUCAUGAUGAGGAGCCAGCAGCAGGUACUUCUGUGGAGACUACUGUAAAUUUUCUUUAUGUUGGCUAGUUAUGUUUACAAUACAAUAAGACAUUCCCCUUCACUGCUUCCUAAAGCAAAGCUCAAUGGUUUAAUGCUAUGGACAAUGGAAUUAAAGAAAAGAGGAAAUACAUUUAGUGGCUGCUUCCUUCAUCAAAGGACUCCACACCUGAAUCUGUGGCAGCUGCACUGAUUUUUUCUUGCCGUCUUCUCAUAAUUUCUUGCAGUUCUGAACUACCACUGCUAGCCUAUAAACAAAAGAGAAGAGUUUACUCAUAAAAAAGAGUUACUUUGACAGGUGCUGAAAUUCCUCUGCCAGCAUUUAUUUUGUUUGAAUAAAGUCACCUUGCAGCUCCAAUAGAAAAGUAUUUACACUAUCCUUAAAUAUAGACCAGAAAAAAAAUCUGCAGACAACUAAAAACAUAUUUCAUCAUUGCUGAGCAUCUUUAAUUCCCACAUGAGGCCCUGGAAGUGUUAGGGGCUUCAUAAAAUAUGUCUUCAGUAAAAGCAGAGUUAAAGCUCCAGGAGUUUGUUAAGAUUCCACACU